AUGCCUGUUUGCCACAUAUGUGUCAAAAUUUGCCAGAAGCUCCGAGAGGUUUUUAACUUGGAUUACCCACACAGCACCUUCCUGCUUAAGACUCUGACUGUUGUAUCUGGCCCUGACAUGGUGGAUCUCACUUUCCAUAACUUUGUGUCCUACAAGGAGAAUGUUGGCAAGAGCUGGGCUGAGGAUAUUUUGGCCAUUGUUCGGAAUCCUCUCACAUACAAUGCUUCUCGAUACACCUUCCUAGAGAAAAUCCUGGUAAAGCUGAAGAUGCAGCUUAAUGCAGAGGGGAAAAUUCCUGUCAGAAAUAUUUUUCAGAUGUUUCCUGCAGAUAGGAAGAGGGUGGAAGCAGCAUUAAGUGCUUGUCAUCUUCCAAAGGGCAAGAAUGAUGCCAUCAACCCAGAGGACUUCCCUGAGACAGUGUAUAAAACUUUCCUUAUGAAUCUGUGUCCUCGGCCUGAGAUUGACGAGAUAUUUACCUCACACCAUUUAAAAGCUAAGCCCUACAUGACCAAAGAGCACUUGGCAAAGUUUAUCAACAAGAAGCAGCGAGACUCUCGCCUCAAUGACAUCCUUUUCCCACCAGCCAAACCUGAGCAGGUGCAGAGCCUGAUAGAGAAGUAUGAGCCCAGUGGGAUUAACAUCCAGAGAGGGCAGUUGUCUCCAGAGGGGAUGGUCUGGUUCCUCUGUGGCCCUGAGAACAAUGUGAUAGCACUGGACAAAUUGGUGCUGUACCAGGACAUGACCCAGCCGCUCUCACACUACUUCAUCAAUUCAUCACACAACACGUACUUAACAGCUGGUCAGUUUUCUGGCAUCUCAUCUCCUGAAAUGUACCGCCAGACACUGCUGGCUGGCUGCCGAUGCGUAGAGCUGGAUUGCUGGAAGGGCCGUCCCCCGGAUGAGGAGCCGAUCAUCACUCAUGGGUUCACCAUGACAACUGAGAUCCUCUUCAAGGAUGCCAUUGAGGCCAUUGCAGAAAGUGCUUUCAAAACAUCUCUCUACCCUGUUAUCCUGUCCUUUGAAAACCACGUGGACUCACCCAAGCAGCAGGCAAAGAUGGCUGAGUACUGCCGAACCAUAUUUGGAAAUAUGCUGUUGACAGAGCCGCUGGAAAAAUACCCAUUGAAGCCAGGAGUUCCUCUACCAAGUCCUCAAGACCUCUUAGGGAAAAUAUUGAUUAAGAACAAAAAGAACCAAUUUAUAUCUGGAAAGAGGCAGAAUUCCUUGAAGAAAGGGAGAAACGUAGAACCAGAAAUCACCGAGCAGCCAGCCCCUAUGGAUGGUGAAGAUACAGUCUGGGCAGGUGAUGUGGCUGAAGAGGAACCAGAGGAAGAGGAUGAACAGCUGGGAAACCUGGAUGAAGAGGAAAUUAAAAAGAUGCAGUCAGAUGAGGGCACUGCUGGUUUGGAAGUAACAGCGUAUGAGGAAAUGUCCAGCCUAGUUAAUUAUGUCCAACCCAUCAAAUUCGACUCCUUUGAAGUCUCUUCCCAGAAGAACCGGAGCUAUGUCAUCUCUUCCUUCACAGAGUUGAAGGCUUAUGAUCUGCUAACCAAGUUCCCUGUGCAGUUUGUGGAAUAUAACAAGCGACAGAUGAGCCGCAUUUACCCCAAAGGCACACGGAUGGACUCCUCUAAUUACAUGCCCCAGAUGUUCUGGAACAUUGGCUGUCAGAUGGUGGCACUGAACUUCCAGACCAUGGAUGUCCCCAUGCAGCAGAACAUGGCUCUGUUUGAGUUCAAUGGCCAGUGUGGCUAUCUGCUCAAGCAUGAAUUCAUGCGGCGCCCAGACAAGCAGUUUGACCCCUUCUCUGUGGACCGCAUUGAUGUGGUGGUGGCAAGUACCCUGUCUGUCACGAUCCUUUCUGGUCAGUUCCUCUCAGACCGCAGCGUGAAGACAUAUGUGGAAGUAGAGCUGUUUGGGUUGCCAAGGGACACAAAACGCAAAUACAGAACCAAACUGACCUCUACCGCCAAUUCCAUUAACCCUGUAUGGAAAGAAGAGGCUUUUGUUUUUGAAAAGAUCAUGAUGCCAGAGUUGGCAUCUCUCAAAAUUGUGGCUUGGGAGGAAGGAGGGAAGUUCAUUGGUCAUCGUAUCAUUCCCGUUACUGCUGUGCAUUCAGGCUAUCACCAUGUUUGUCUCCGCAGUGAAAGUAACAUGCCACUCACUAUGCCCUCUCUAUUUGUGUACCUGGAAAUAAAGGACUAUGUUCCUGAUGCUUGGGCAGAUCUGACUAUUGCUCUCUCCAACCCAAUUAAGUUCUUCAGUCUUCAAGACAAGAGAUCAGUGAAGCUAAAAGAUGGCUCGGUGAAGAGACCUGAAACACACAGGAACUUCCCAUCUGCUGAAACUAAUGGGAUACCAGAUUCCACCGGGAAAUUCAACACUUUUUCAAAUGGACCUCCAGGAGCAGCAGCUUUGGCCAAGGAUGAAAAUGUGAAAGAAGCGACAGAAAUUGCAGAGCCGCAGACGGCCAGCCUUGAAGAACUGCAGCAGAUGAAGCUCUUUCUGAAGCUGCUGAAGAAGCAGGAGAAGGAACUGAAGGAGCUAGAGCGGAAGGCAAGCAAACGCAAGGAUGAGCUCCUGCAAAGAUAUUCCGUCCUCUUUUCAGAACCUAUAUGCCAUGGAGGCAAGAAAAGGAUGAUACACCCUGGGAAAACCCAGAAAAAGAAGAGGAGUAUGACAACAGAUGACGCUGGUACAUGGGCAAAUCCUGUAGAAACGGCAGAAAGCAUUGAAAGCCAAGUUUUGGAGCUCAGAGACAGGCUGGAGAUGGACUUCAUCCAACUAGGGGAGGAACACCAUGAUGGGAUUCGAAAAAAGAAAGAGCAGCAUGCCACAGAGCAAGUUACCAAGAUAAUAGAGUUAGCCAAAGAGAAGCAGACAGCUGAGCUGAAGGCACUGAAGGAGUCGUCAGAAAGCCAUAUUAAAGAGAUUAAGAAGAAGCUGGAGGCAAAAAGAGUGGACCGAAUCCAAACCAUGAUGAGAAACACUAGUGACAAGGCUGCUCAGGAGAGGUUAAAGAAAGAAAUUAAUAACUCUCACAUUCAGGAAGUAGUGCAAACAAUCAAGCUGGUGACAGAAAGGAUGGCCCGGUAUCAACAGAAACUGGAAGAGAAGCAGACAGAUAAUCUGAAAAAAAUCAAGGAGAAGGAAAGCCAGCUCCAGCAGGAGGCACUGGUGGAGUACAAGGAGAAAUUGAAAAGUCUGUAUAUGGAGGUGCAGGAGAUGACGGUGAAGAACUAUGCAAAAGUAGUCUUUCCUGGAGAGCCAGAAAUUCAGAAGGAAGCUAUUCUGAGCACCACUGAGGAGGAACAAAGCUCUGCAGAACAACUGGAAGAACAGAUACCAGUAGCAGAGGUGUCAAGGCUUAGAAUAGCCAUGGCUGAGCCCUCAGGGGCUGAGGCAGCUGCUGAGACUGAAGAAAGCAGAUUUUGAGAUAUGCUUCCCUUACUGUUCCACUUCAGAAAGGAUGUUUAUGGAGGUGUGUAGGAAUGUUAAACACCAGCAAAAGUGUCUGCUGUCAGAAUACUAACCCUUCCCACCCUGGGAAACUCCUGAAAUCCUUCAGGAAUUUACUACUUUAUUAUCCUAGAUAUUGAAGAGUAGUAGUCUGAAGGACUCACCCUUCAGAGAAUGCUUUAUUCUCCUUGCAGUGAGGUAUUGCAGCAGCAUGAAAGGGCCUGUGACCAAAGGCAAGCUAGUUGUUUGAAUCAAGCAGCAUCUAUGUUAGCAUUUAGUCUGGAUCCAGAGUUCAGUUUUCAGGGCAAGUUUCCUGACAGUUCAUCAUGCACGUCUGUUCGCAUCACCGCGUGGUCUUUGAGCUAGAUUCCUUUGAAUUAAACGUAACUUCAAGACAUUCUCCAGUAGCCCAGCUAACUGCUCCAACUAACUGAGAGCUAGCCAAGGCUAAACCCUCCUGAAAUACAUACAGUGUAGGUAUCAGGUCUUCAGAAAAAGCUGUUCUGCUCUAAAGAGUCAUUCCUACUGGCAACACUACUUGCUCAUGCAGACACAGCCUCUGUUUAAUAGGAGGAAAGCUCAGUUUGAUGGAACCUCAUACCUUUUUUUUGUCAGCAUACCACCUUCUUGCACAACCAAACAGUGUUGGCUUUUUAAAUGGUCCCCGCCCCGUCCCCAGCGCAGACAGAUGGUGACAGUUUCAGUGUGCUGGCAUCCACACAACAUAAAACAUUUUCUUCUGUGGAAAUGGACAUUACCAGCAUUGUUGCUUUUCUUUCUUUUUAACCUUCUCCAUAUCCCUUGCAGCUAUUUCUCACCGCUAAUCCUAACUUUAUGACUCUGGUAGUAGCCUUCAGACAAGUUCUCAGCUCUCGAUCUGACGCCUCCUGAAGACCGUGUUAGUCUUCAGGUAGAUCCUGAUCCAGAUGCUGUACAGGGCAUACUGGAAGGAUUCUGAGAAGCCCAUCGUUUCUUCCAGCUACCACAAGAACACUUGCAGAAUUCUCACCUAUAGCAAUCAGACUUUUUUUAGAGCUUCCCUGUAACUUUUGUCCAGCAAAGCUAAAUCAGCCUCACAUUCUAGCCUUUGCAUAACAAGCUUUACCAAAUUUUCUAAAAUGUUUGAAAAUAUUUUGUUGCCUGAAUAGAGAAUCAUCCAGAAAUAGUGCCCUUAAGAGCCGUGCUCAUCCUUCUGUCUAACAAAAUCUUAAGAAAACACACUGAAUUAGCUAUUCAAGUAGCAGAAAGUACAGCAAUCCUCCUGAAGCUGCUUUUGUGUGCUGCCAUCCCAAUUAAUGACAACAGAGGGAUCAGCAGGGAGCCAUAGCAUCUAUUCCUUGCUCCUAGGAAAGCUAAACUCCUGAAAUAAAUAGCUAUGUUCUUUAGCACUUCCAGGGGAAGACUGCACACUACCUCUUUUGCUGUUUGCUCUCUAGGUACAGGAGUGUUGCAUACAUCUUCCCCCAAAGUCUGAUUUCCCAUUUCUUCAUGAAAUAUGUCCAGCUCUAAUUGCAGCAGUUUUCCCUCUUCAGUGGCAUAGCAUGCAAGUCUCAUGCCACAGUCUAAGUCUGAAAGAAAAUUGCCCAGCCACAGGGUAUACGUAUGACUUCAAAGGGGAAGUGGUCCUCACCAUCUUUCAGCCCUAGCACAUAUUUGCUUCUGUCUCUCUUCAUUAACACAAAGCCUUCCACAGAACACACUUGGAGGUCCAGGUUCCCAAUACCUUGGUCUUAUCUUGCAACAGAAAAGGGGUAGGCUCCGCUGAGCCCUCUAUUAUAUACUUCCACAUUCUGUGACAGGUCAGCCCUGCAUGGUGAAUGCAGGACUUGCAUCACUGCCUCAUUUUUCCAUACAGUUCAAACACUGUCCUCUCACCUGUUUUCUGACCUUACACACUGAACAGGUUUGGCACAGCAUGUUCUCACUCAUCCAGAAGGAAGUAACUGGAAGGUUAUGGUCCAACUCUUUUUCUAGCACGAUGUAAGACAGGGAGACUCAAGCUUGUGGAUCUUAAAAAGCAGGGAAUAGCAAUAAUUCAGUACAGAGCCACAUCCUCUCCUUCCUCCUAGCAAUUCCUGAAAUUGUUAGCCUAAGAAUUAGAGUUAGGCCUAUCAAAGACUAUUUGGACCAGUUGACAAGGACUAUGUACGAUUAGGCACUUGCUUUCACUAUACUUCACAAGGGAAGGGGCGGGAGGGGUGGUGGGAGGCAAGGAAUUGACCCAAGAAAAGAAAUAAUAGUCAACCCUCUUGAGUCACUCAUUUGUAAAUAGCAAGGCAGGAAGAAGAUAUGCCUUGGUAUAUGGGGGGGCGGGGGGAGAAAGGAAAUGCCAUGCUAUUUUAUUAUAGUUGCUUGUCCUACAGGUAAGACACUAUAGGUAAGACCUUCCAGAUUGGUCAAGGGGAAAAUGCUAAACGCUCCUGAAGAGCAAUGGGGAAAAAUCCCAAACUCAACCUGAAGUGGUGUAGAUUUGUGGCUACUGUAUUAUGUGUCCUAGCACCAUGAACCUAGAGCAACUUGCUCUAGGACUGAUAAGGCCUUCACUGUAUUUGGCUGUUCCAGCCACCUUUUGUUGCCACCUUAUAGGGCCCCAGAAGGUAGAAUGUCUUUAAAGGCACCUGUAGAAGAGAAACACAUGAGAACAUGACUUAAAAAGGUGCCUGCAUCCUUUGGUUAUUGAAACCUUUGCCCUUAAUUUGAGUCAAUACUAGAAGAGAGGUGUCCCUGACCAUAGCAACCCCCUCCCCCCUGCAACACAUUUCAAGUGCUGCUCUGCAGUGGAACCUAGUCAGAUUCUCCCUUCCCCCAAAAGCUCUUUUUUCAGGUUUCUGUCCUUUCCAGGAAAGUGAGCUUAGUCAUGGCAAUCCAAUAGCAUGCAGUGGUUGUUACAUGAAGCCUGUUAUACGCAGAAACUGCAUUAAUGAAUGCAUUAUGAAGUGCUGCUACAAAAGAGAGCUCCAAGUAGGUAUCAGAGACAAGAUCUUCCAACCUGGUCUGACAUUCAAGAAGAGACCAUACCCUGCCCCGUAGUGUUACAUAAUACUAGAAUUAUGUAUUGUAAAUUUCUGACUUAUUUAUUUUCUAAAAAAUAAAACAUUGCAUUUCUUUAAAAAAAAAAAAAUCCUCCUCUUUUUUCUUGAGGUUACCGUAUAUGGGAAUAAGUCCUAAAUGUUGCCCACUGCAUGCAUGUGAUGAUACAGACGGUAAGCUCCCAGAGUUUUCUAUCAUUUGUGCUUACAGUUCUCAAUUUCAAUUUCUUGAAUUAUUAAAUAUACAGUGAGGUUUUUUUCAAACAUAACAUCCUUCUCACACACGUUCUCCUUCUCACUGCUAGCUCACUCACUUCCUUUUUAUAUUUAAUAACCAAUUCACUUAGAGCUUGAACAUCACUCCUGACCCUCCCACCAUUACAGAAGACCUUGCCUAACCCUUGCAUAAGUGGCUUCCUCCUCUCUUCUCUCAAGCCCAGGCUGGAAGAUCAUUUCAACAGGAGUCAAAACUGUUUUGGUGAGUUCACGCUUCUCAUAUUGGCUCAUCACUAGUUCUGACCAGCAAAGGGACUGCCAGGAGGCAGAAGAGCCUUCACAGACAAACCAGGACAGCAAUGUUAAACCCGGCCUGCUAUGUCUUACACUUGCAACUGGUUCUCUCUCAUCCCACAGCCACAUUUGCACCUCAUACACUCGCAGCACAGACCAGUGGCCAGGCCAGCCAGCUGUGUCAGAGCACAGAUGGGGUUGCAUCUGGUACGCAGGAUCACAAAGCAAGAGAGAGGAGAAAGUGUGCUGGACCAUGACCCUACACUCUGCCCAGGAUCCUGUUCUCCAAGGAAAACCAAAGGAAAACAGACUGCCUUUGUCCUUGAAUAGCAGUGAACACCACACAGACAGCUGCCGUGACCUCAGGACCAGUGCAAACAGUGGCUUAUUUUCCAACCCUCAUACUCCCUUGCCUGGCUUGGUGCCAGGCCUUCCAACUCUUCCUGCAUGCACCGAUGGGCAGUUCAUUUACCUCUUAGGAAGCUGCUGAAAAGUGGAACUACUGGCCAACUACACCUUUUUUAACCACCUGCUGCCCCCAACUGUGACCAAGCCCUCUGUAGCUCCUCUUUUAACCAGGGAGGCCUUAGAGCCAAGAUAGGCUUUCUGGAUUGCAGCCCUCAGCACAGGAAAAUCUCCCUCCUGUUAGCACAGGCUCUAGCCUGUAACUACGUGCAGAAACAUUUCUGAGGACAGACUGAGCUCAAUGCAGAACCCUUUCUGCCGCAGGCUGAAAAAAAAAAAAAAAUCAGAAAAUGCCUUUGGUUGAGCAAUGUCAGCAUACCACAACAUGGCCUCAGUUCCCUUCCUGCCUCAUCUUGAUGAGUAGUUGGACCCCUAUAUUUGCACAGUGGAGCUCUGACAUGGAUAUAUGAUAUUAAUGGCCAUUUCCUUCUGCUGAGAGCAGGGCUUUUGCUGAUUCAACUGAUGCUUUAUUUUAGAAGAAGGAGAUAAACACAAUAUCGUUUUCUGGUUAGACCAAUUCUGUUGUUUUUCUAGAACAAUCGUCUCCAUUCCCUGCAAUCUCACUCAUGCUGUGAAGUUUGAGGGCCUUCAAAAAAGGAUGACAAAUAUCACAGCAAGAUAGAACUGAAGCCAGGAAGCAGUUUAUUGAUUUGACUUAGAUCAGCUCACAGUCACAGCAGUUCCAAAAUGAGGAAUGUGUUCAUUAGCCCCCUGCUUUUUUACACUGGGGGUUGGGAACGGAGAUCAAGGAUAGCAUUAGAAAUGAGAUUAGCACAAAAGAUGGGAGCAGAGAGUGCUGCUUUCCCAGGAAAUACUGCACUUCAGCAGGAUUCAAAACUAUUUUCAUGCGUUCACAUUGCUCAUGUUAGCUGCUCAGGAAGAGCACAGAACAGAGCCACAACAAUCACAGCGAGGAAGACUGUGAAUGAAGAAAUCCAAAACCCACCUGGAUGAACACUUGCCCUGCUAUUUGACUUGUAAGCAGGCAGCACACGUCGAGCAGGGCUCUCCACUCACUGCUAGGCACCAGUUGAUUUCCAAAUGUUACUAACACUCACGCUGCACCUCUCAACCAAAGGCGCCUAAAGUUAUCUCACUCACCUAGAUCCAGCCACGCAUGGAUGCAACUGAGACACAGCAAGAACUGUGCUUGAGUACGUGCAAACUCCCAUCAGCAGAGAUCAGCAACGCUCACUUUUACAGCCUACCUCCUUUGUUUUGGCCGAGGCUGCUGAUAACAAAAGCCUCCAGAGAUCUUUCAAAUUGUAUUUCUAUGGACACAACACCCACCACCUGCUUCUUACGUCAUUAUAUGGCAUAUGUUACUCAACAGCACAGACUGAAUUGCUUGGUCCAGAUCCCAUACUUCUGCCCACACAUAGAACAUCCGGCUCAGCAGAAACACAGCUCUCUCGUUGGCUAAAACAGGGGUUUGUCCCCAACUUCAGCCACCCACUUUGCAAUGGCCAUCCAUUCCCUCCAGAGUCUCCAAUGUGGUUAUUUUAGAGGACAAUUCAUCCCCUCUCUCUCUGGAGGGAGCCUAGACACCUAACCCAGACCUAAAGGUGGGUGAGGGAUGUUCCCCCCACCCUCCAUGCACACUGCCAGAGCACUAAGCAUCAGUUUCUUUCCUUCAACACCCCUACGGUGAAUGGACACAUCAGAAUAAACUUGCUUUACAGAGACAUCCACGUAAAGCCAGGGGAGAACAGCAAGGCUUGAGACAGUCAAAGUUUUCACUCCUCUCUCCCGUGACAGAACUGCCGAAAAAGAACAUGUUUCACGAGGACAGGGACAGCCCUAAUGGGAGUGACAGUGAAAAGGGGAAGCAUGCAUUUGAGCCCUCUUCCUCCCAUACAGGACACAACAGGACAAAUACAGGCCUCUGUGAGCCAGACCUGGCUGCUCAGCCAUAGCCUAAGCUCAGCACUGUAGCCCCACUGAUAAUCUGAUCCCAUCUU